AUGAAGCAUUUAAUACAUGACGUAGAUGAAGACAUGAAUGAAACUACAGACAAACUUAACUCUUCUCUCAUUCUUCCUUUCAGCAAAGAUUAUGAAUUCUGUUCAAAUGGUGUGUAUUUCUAUUGUGGAAAGAUGGGUUCAGGUAAGACAUUUAACCUCAUUCGUCAUAUACUCAUAACAGAGCGUUUAGGUCAAGAUUCAUAUUAUGACCAAAUCAUUAUAUCAGCAACUUCAGACUCUAUGGACUCAACAGCGAAAACAUUUAUGUCAAAAGUUCAAGCAUCUGUCGUUAAAGUUCCAGAUAGCGAACUCAUGAAUUUCUUCAACGUUACGUUCGACGUAAGAGGAAAUAUUAUGCCAUCGUUGAAUUUAUACAGUCAGGAAUGCAAAAGACUUCAGAAGAGAUGGAAAGAAUUAUUGACAAACACCACUUACGUCAAUACUCAGGAGUUUACGAUAUGA